AUGGGCGAGAACCAGGGCGACGAGAACCAACAGAACGGAGAGGCGCGGCGGCACAGCGAGCCCGCCAUCAAGCGCCGCCGCAUCACCAAGGCCUGCGACUUUUGCCACCGCCGCGGCAGGAAAUGCAAGCCCGUGCCCGAAGGGACCGGUGCCGGUGCCGGUGCGAGUCCCGGCGGCACGCCGAGCUGCCUGACGUGCAUCGAACACGGCGCGACGUGCACGUGGAACCGCGUCGCCGCCAAGAGGGGCGUCAAGUCCAAGACGUCGCCGUCGUCGUCGGUCAACAACAGCGGCAGCCACAAGCAGACGUACUCCUGUGACGACGGCGACGGUGACGGCGACGGCGAGAGGUGGUUCUACGACGAGAGCCGCCACGGCAGCCGGGGCCUCGUCUCGCGCCUCAUUGCCAUCUUUUUCGAUACGGUAUAUCCAGUAUUCCCCUUCUUCGACGAGGCCUCCCUCCUCCGAGAGUGGGACAGCACCAGCCUGUCGUCGAGCCGGGCCUCGUUCGCACGCCUCAUGGCCAUCUGCGCCCUCAGCUCGUGCCACGUCCGGGACGGCGCCGUCUUCGACCCGGCGGCGGCGCCGGCCCCGCUCCGGCCGGAGCACCACCGGGCGUACAUGGAAGACGCCCAGCGCGCGGUGCCGGAGAGCAACCGCGACAUCGGCGGCGGCGAAGCCUUCGACUACCUCCAGGUGCUCGGCACGCUGUCGCUGGCGGCGACGCAGCUCAAGGACGACCCCCUCUUCCACGAGUGCAUGGGGCGGUACCACACGCUGGUCGCCCAGCACACCUUUCACUUCGAGACGCGCUGGCCGGCGCACCUGACGUACCCGGAGAAGCACGUCCGGCGCCAGUUUUUCUGGUCCAUGUACCGCCUCGAGGUCCACGCCGCCCUCAUCGACGGCCACGUCAUCCGCUGCCCGGAGCUGCAGUGCGCCGUCGCCUACCCGCAGCAGGUCGACGGCCUCGCCGGCAUCAUCGACGCCUCGGCGCAGACGGAGAAGACGCGCUUCCGCCGCGGCAGCUGGCUCACGGGCUGGAACUACAUCACCGACCUGUACCGCGUGCUGGAGCACGUCAUCGUGCGCAUGCGCAAGGACCGGCUCAAGGCGCUGGACCGCGGCCCCAUCGAACACGAGCCGCUGAUGCCCCCGAUCGACGGUCUGCUCGAGAAGGUGCUGGAGAAGAAGGGCAACCUGCCGCCGUACGCCACGCACGCGUUCCCGGCGUCUCACGACGUCGAGGCGAACCUGUGCGGGUUCCAGGUGGCCAACAUAGCGUGUACCUUCCAGCUGCUCCGGAUGGCCGCCUUUGCCUGCCACGACAAGUUCGAGGAAGCCUGCGGCGCCGCUCUUGAACUGAUACAGGAGAUCACCGCCGUGCCCGUGGAAUACCUGCGCGCAAUAGGCAACCCAAUGCUACAAGAGCUGGCCGGCGUCGCUCACCUGCUGAGCAGCUUCAUCACGCGGCAGCUGAUCGACUGGCAGUACUACAAGCUCCGUGAAGUCAUGGCGUCCAUGGCAACCUUCCUCCAAAGCCUCGCUCCCUCGCUCCCGUCGGCCAGCCUGGCCGGUGCGAGGAUCUUCCAGUACAUACACAAACUGGAGGAGAUACUCGUGCGACAGAGCCAGCCAGCACCACCGGCGGCCGUUGCUCCCAUCGUACACCCUCCCACCUCGGAGAUGGUCCGAGAACCGGGGGCUUUGGGUCUGAUGCCGCAGCAACAGCAACAGCAACUGCAGCAGCAGCAGCAACAACAACAACAACAACAACAACAACAGCAACAGCAACAACAACCACAUCAACAACAUCCACAUCAUCAACCACAUCCAAAUCGACAACCACAUCCUCACCUCCCGCCGCAGCAAGGCUUGCUCGAGCAGUACGCGCUGCCCAACACGGCGUUUUACAACUUCCAGACGGACUUUAUCGGGAACAUGUGGACCAACGCGUUCAACGAUUCGGCCGAGAUUGACUGGGCCAGCGCCAUUGAGAGCUGGGGGACCACUUGA